AUGGAGGCAAUUUUGAUACAUCCAUCAACAGAUCAAUCACUUUCUCCCUACAAAUCCCACAUCAGAAAUUAUAAGAAAAUCAAACCCCAAUUCAUUUCAGCAACUUCUGAUUGUGGUAUAAAGCCAUGUUUUCUUCCUCUUCCCAUCAGCAAUUCUCGCAACAACAGCACUGUAUCUCGAAGAGGGGUCGGGGUGCCUCCUCAAAAAGGAGGCCUCAGUGACCACGCCCGGACGACUGUUUACCAAAAACAGAGAGAUGUCAAUAGAAAAACCAAAUAUAAUGGAACGAGAGAUCAAAAUCCAUCCCACAACUUCAAGAAAUCAAAACAAACCACCAAUAGUUCCACCUCACAGUUGGAAAAUCAGGUUGACAAGUUUUCAGGUUCAGUGGUGGCUAUACUUUCUCCCCCACCAAGCAGCUUGCCUUUGCCCACUUUUUCAUUAAGGCCAAAGCUCAGCUGCAAUGCCGAGGCUGCAGGAGUCGAUAUCGGAGCUACCAACAAUCUCCGACGACUUCUUCGACUCCAAUGA